AUCGCGCAAUUAUAGGCUGGCUACUUGGGGACCCAGGGUCGAGCCCGGCCUGGGCCGUUUCCCAGUCCCAUCUCUGUUCCAACAUAGCCUACUCCCUGUUGCUCUUCACCGUUUCUGAAAUGGAGGACCAAAAGUUGGAAAAGAGAGAGAGAAAAAAGCUGGAGAGCGCAUCAACCCAGCCAACCACACAGCCAGCCACACAGGCCAAAGACACCUGGUCCAGCACCACCUGGUCCCGGCCUGGUCCACCACCCCCGCCGCCACCACCACCACCCUUGCCACCCAGCACCACACAGGCCAAAGAGCUAAACCCUGGUCCACCACCACGACCACCUCUGCCUUCCAACACCCUGCCGGCUGAAGACAGAGACCCAAAGACUGGUCCACCAGUGAAAAGAAAAGAGAAGAAAAGAAAAAGAAAAACGGAGGAAUUCGACGACCUGCAGGAAAUCUCCUCUUCCAUGACAGCCACACAGGCCACAGAGAGAAACCCAAAGACUGGUCCACCACCAAGGCCACCACCACCAUCCAACGCCAUACCUGCCGAAGACAGAAAUACAUUGACUGGUCCUCCUCCAAGACCACCCCUGCCAUCCAAUGCCAUAGGCCUACCGGCCGAAGACAGGACGCCAGACACUCGUCCACCACCAAGACCACCCCUGCCAUCUAAUGCUAUACCAUCCGAAGAGAGAAAUACAGAGACUAGCCCACCACCACGGCCACCCCUGCCAUCCAACGCCACACCGGCUGAAGACAGAAACCCUGGUCCACCUCCACGGCCACCCCUGCCAUCCAACGCCAUGCCGGCUGAAAACAGAAACCCAGAGACUCUUCCACCAGUGAAAAAGAAGAAAAAGAAAAAGGCUGCUCCACCACCAAGACCACCGCCACCAUCCACCGCAGUGCCGUCCGAAGACAGAAAGCCAAACAGUCCUCCACCCCCACGCCCGCCACCACCAUCCAAACCCUUGCCAGCCGAAGACCGAAACCCAGAGACUGGUCUAUGUACACACCUGACCUCAGGGAUAGGCAGCAGGUACUACAGGUGGAUUGCGGUGGGCCUGGGGGUGCUGUGUUCUCUGCUGGCGCUGCUCUCCAUAGGCCUGGCUGGCUGGCUACUGACUGAGCGAGAUCAGCUGAAGACCGAACAAAUCAACCUGCUCAAAGAAAAAGAGCAGUUACUAGAUAGGCCCAAAUGUCCCACAGGAUGGGGGGUGUUUGAGUGUAACUGUUACUACAACGAUCAAGUGUCCAGAACGUUCUCUCAUGGGAGGCUGUUCUGCCAGUCUCUUGGGGCAGACCUGGUGAUCGUCAAGAGCCAGGAGAAGCAGUCAUAUCUAACUACAAUGUACUAUGCCGGCUGGAUUGGAGUGAAAAAGAAGGAUGGAAUCUGGAGAUGGAUUGACGACACCCCACUCUCCACAGGGUACUGGCAUCCUACUCAGCCUGACGCGUCUGAGUGUGUUGUGAUCCACUCCAGCAGCAAUACCAGUGACAUCAGGACCUGGCAUGACUACGCCUGUGAGAACAGUUGGCAGUACUCCAUCUGUGAGAGGCCGGCCUACAAGCAGACGUAGCAGGUGCUGCCGUUUCGUGAUCUCCUCCUCCAUCCCCACCACCUGGACUUUGGUCCCAUCUACCUGCCUGGAGCGUAAUUGGUCCAGUUCCUGCUACACCGCAGCGGCAGGCUCUACUGGAUCCGCUAAUGGAAGAUCCGGACUGAUGAUUGGACCCGCACAAAAGACUCAAGUCUCUUAGCAGUUCAUUGGUUAACUGUUGCCGAUAUUAAACCUAUUCCUGUCUCUCUC